GUCUGUUCGUUGCGGCCGCGAGGUGGGUUGAGAUUUGAUAUUACAACGACUUCUUUAUCAUUCAACACCUCUCCCCUCCCCUCCAUCAUGUUCAUUGUCCCACUACAAUCACUUUUUUUUACUUGCCAAUUACAACAAUUUUCUUUUUUAUUUCUCUGUCACCUACUGUGACGUUAAUGCAGUUACGGUACAUACGAUACAUCGUUGAAUGAAUCACAAUUUUUUUUUUCCCUUUUCUUACUUUUCGGCCGCAUUUUCCCUCUAUUUAUAAUUCCUUUGGCGAUACCCUUUUGUUCCAUCUUAACAACACUACAUCGUACAGGAGCGGCACAAAAGUCCCCCAAGAAGUACAUCUGGCAUUGCUUUUAAGAAGACGAGACAAUCUAUCAGGAAAUCCAAUCCUGCUUCGUUUCCCUCAUUUUCUCUUCUUCGACAUUUCAGUUAUACCCGCGUUUUUUUCUUCAAUUUUGUAUUUUUUUUUCCCUUUUACGACAAUAAGAACAUCCAAAACAUUUGGAUAAACUCGAGAAACCCAAGCCUAUGGCUAUCUUCCGCGAACAGGAGGGCUUUCCUCAAGUGCCUCCUUCACUAAAACACGAUGCCUACGAAACCAAGGAUGUACGAAGCAUGAAGACCCGCGAGCUUCUAUCUCAGAGUUCCGCCAAAGGUCCUACUCCCUACCUAGGACUCGGCUCGCGACUCUCGCAGAUCUGGUUCAACCGAUGGACUAUUCUACUACUCCUGGUAUUGGCCAACUUCCUUUUGACCAUAGGAUCUCUGAACGGAAACCUCGACGAUGCUAAGGUGAAGGCUCUGGCGGCAUGUACGAAGGUCGAAGACGUUGGUAGUGCCAUGGCUUCGAUGCCUCAUUACCUGUCCGUCGGAGUCAACCGCCUCACUGCAUCUGGCAUCACCGAAUCUGUACACGCUUUGAUGACCAUUCUCGACAUGAUCCUUACCGGCAUCGAGCAGCUCAUUCUUUUCGUUAUCGGUAUGAUGACAGACACCUACGUCUGCCUGAUUACCAUGGUGGUUCAUGGAGCCCUGAAUGCAUCUUCGCUCGUCAUUACCGAAACCACUGAAGCUAUGAACCAUGCCAUUGAUGGCGUUGCUCAGGCAAUCAACGGCACAGCCGACGACCUCCAGAAACCUGUGGACACCAUGUACUCGAUCAUCAACGGCGCAGUCAACGCAGGCGAACAAGCUACCAGCGCCGUUGGAGGAGCUAUCAACACCGCAACGGCGGCAGUUGGUGGGGCCAUCGAGACUGCUAUCAGUGGCAUCGGUGAUAUCUUCAACAAGCGUGAUGAUGCACCACCCCCGCCAGAGAUUACUGGUACGGUUUUCAAACGUCUUGAUAUUCCGCCUAAGCCGCAGAUCGCUGGCGAUAUCAAAGCGAUUGCUGCCAAGCUCUCGAACGUCAAUAUCAAUACCACCGGUUUCGUGUCGGAUUUGGACGCCCUCAACCAAGAGCUCCCUGAUUUCGACGAUAUUAAGAACCUCACUGCCAUGGCUGUAUCGUUCCCGUUCAGCCUUAUCCGAGAGGAACUCACCAAGGCUUACGGCAACUGGGAGUUUAACGAUAGCAUAUUCCCCGUAGCCAAGAAGGAGGCACUCUCCUUCUGUUCUGAUAAUACUGCCAUCAACGACUUCUUCGAUGGAUUGUACGAAAUCGCCCAUACCGCCAAGAUUGUGGCCAUCGUGGUGUUGAUUCUCCUUGCGAUCGCCGCCUGUCUCCCGAUGGCCUACAUGGAGAUGCGCCGAUGGCGCCGUGCUCAGAUCAGCGCUUCAGAUGCUUAUGACGACAUGGAUCUCGUAUACAUGGCUUCACGCCCGACAACGGCUCGAGUUGGUUACUGGAUUGCUUCGAAGUUUGGCGAGAAGCGAAGGGUUCUGGUACGAUGGUGUAUCUCUUACGCCACGUCACUCCCCGCUCUCUUCGUCCUUUCCCUCGCGUUAGCCGGCUUUUUCUCCUGUUUCUGCCGGUGGAUGCUAUUGAACACUAUCCAGAAGGAGAUCCCAGAGCUUUCUAACCAAGUGGGAGAUUUUGCCAACCAGGUUGUAGGCACCCUAGACAACGUCUCACAGAAAUGGGCCGACGAUGCAAAUGGUGUCAUUAGAUCCUUCAGCACUGAGAUUAACGACGAUAUCCUUGGAAAGGUGACGAAUGGCACUGCCGCCAUCAACAACACCCUGAACACCUUCAUGUCAGAGAUUGAUAAGGGCCUUACCACGGUCUUUGGCCAUACAAUGUUCAAGGAUCUUGCCGCAAACACGGUUCGAUGCUUGAUUGGGCUGAAGGUCGAAUCAGUCCAGAAGGGUCUCACCUGGGUACAUGACCAUGCUCAUAUCAACUUUCCUAUGUUCCCUAAUGACGUCUUCUCUGUCGGUGCCGCUAAGUCUAUCUCUGGCGAUUCGGACAUGACAUCUUUCCUGGCCUCUCCAAGCAGUGUCACCACUGACGAGAUAACAAGCUCUGUCACUCAUGUCACAGAUUGGUUGCGCAGCGGUAUCAUCCAGGAUGCGUUGGUUGCUACUGGCCUCCUCUUAGUUUACGUGAUAAUUGUCCUGAUAGGUGUCCUCCGUACCCUAGUCGGCCAUAGUGACGCCGCAGGAGAUGCUCGCAAGAGGCGAAUAGAUAACUUCGACCCCUAUCAACCAUCUGGAGGCAACCCGCCUAUGCAGAUGCCGCAGUUCGGCGGCGCAGGCGACGCCAGUGCUCACCCUGAUCACCAAACCUCGCCAUUUUCCCGGGACGACGCCUUCAGUCGCGGAACUGUGCACGGCGGGCCUGUCACGACCGAGGAGGCACCCCCGUACACGCGCCACAGUACCUACGUCCAAUACGGCGACACGAAGCGCGCGGACCACGACCCGUUGCCGCCUAACUAUAACGGUGGACGAGCGCUGAUCGUGGACCCCUUUCGAGACCCGAAGCACGGUUGAUCAUCAUUAGAUCUCUUUUAUUACUUAGGGUGACUAUGCGCAGUCAGCGCAGUCCCUUUUUCGUUUUCUUGUCUUUCAUUCAUUGGCGAUUGUUAUUAUUAUUACAGCGUACAUGCAUACAUAUAAUCGAACAGGCAUUCUUCCUUUCACUAAUAUCAGAGCAUACCUUGCGUUUCCUUCUGCGGAUAUCUCUAGGGUACUCAGCCGCGAGGUGGAUGGAUAGAUGAGACAUUAUUCUUGCAUCGGCAUUGGUACGGUACGGUACGGCAUGGUAUGGUAUUGCAUUAGCGACAGGCAUUCAUUCGUUCACUCAUUCAUCUGUCAUACUCAUUAGGCGAAGAGAAGAGAAGAAAAAAAAUCAAGAGGGGAAAGAGAAAGAGAGAUCCGGUAUCUCGGCCCAAGCCACCAACGUAAUUACGACUCAGUCUUCUUUUCCUUUUUUUCGUCUGCAUUGCGCGUCCCUGGAGUGGACAUAUGGUUUACUACUACUAAUGGAGAUUGGUCGUUGGACAUUGCAUCUGCGGCGUUUGCACGAGGGGGGAUGGAUUCAACGGUCUGGACAGAAGGUGACUUGGCUUGGUUUGGCUGUGUGAUAAUCAGGGAUAAUAGGUAGUUGCCCUGUAUAUUAGUUGAGCGAUAGCGACUCAAAAAGGAAUAUUCUUAAAUAACUUCUAUCCUUG